CUCCCCAAAUAUACACAUCCUUCGUUCACCUUUUAUCUAACUCGAGUGUUAAUCCUAAACAUAUAACCUCUUUAGCCUUUGCCGCUCAGCCGCUUUGUUUCGCUCAGGAUCAUAAUGGACCGGUACCAGAAGGUGGAGAAGCCAAAAGCUGAAACACCUAUAAACGAGAAUGAACUCAGGAUUACAGCUCAAGGGAGAAUGAGGAAUUAUAUUUCUUACGCUAUCACUCUGUUUCAGGAGAAAGGUGCCAAUGAGAUUAUACUUAAAGCCACUGGCAGAGCUAUCAACAAGACUGUCAUGAUUGCUGAAUUAAUUAAGAGGAGGAUUGCCGGUCUUCAUCAGAACACAUUGAUCGGAUCGAUAGAUAUAACAGACACAUGGGAACCGCUUGAAGAAGGCCUUCUUCCCAUAGAAACCACUCGCCAUGUUUCGAUAAUCAUUAUUACUUUGUCUAAGAAAGAGCUGGAUUCAUCUUCAAUAGGAUAUCAGCCUCCAAUUCCAGCUGAUCAAGUGAAGCCAUCAACCGAGUUCGAUGACAACGAAGGAGGCGAUGUCAAUGGUGUCAUGGUGGAUAACAGGAAUGGAGGAUAUGAUGGUGGGCAAGGUUAUGGGAGAAGAGGUCGAGGUCGUGGUAGGGGACGUAGUUUCCGAGGGCGUGGGAGAGGGUAUGGUGGUGGAAAUAUGCAACGGGACUCGGGAUUUUACAAUGGUAAUGCCCCAUCAGGACCACUGCCUGCCGAGGGUCAUGGUCGUGGACGAGGGAGGGGAAGGGGACGUGGGCGCGGUCGAGCUCGGGAUUUCGUUUCCGAUGGCCAUUUCCAGAAAGGUGCUUGAGCAACAAGCACCAACCUAGAUUCUUCUGUAGAACUAUGGCAUUAGAUUGAAACAAAACAAGUGGAUGGCUGCUGCUCUAUUCCUCGCCAGUCUUUGUUUAAGAAAAAGAAC